GUUGGUGUCAGCUUUUCGGGGUCGUUCUGCUCCGGAAGUGUCAACAGUCCCGCGCAAACAAAUAACGCAGUUCCGUUAAAGGUGCCGCAAAAGCUUCUGUCCGUCUGUGAAUGUAGAAGCAGAACUGACGGCGGCCCCUGCGAUGCCAGCCGCAGCCUUCUAGAACCGCAGCAGUCCAGGCUGCCCCCUACUUUCCACAGCCACUGAAACACAGGAGCUACGGCGAUCGCCCGGAGAUGCGGCCGCUGCGGAGUCUGUAGAAGCGGGAGCGCGCCUCUGACGUCAGCCGCCCACACCUAGUGCAGCAGGUGGGCACGAUGCCGUCGCUGAAACUGUUCGGACGCAGAUGGCUGGUCGCCACCGACGACCUCGUCUUCCCUGGCCUCUUCGAGUUCGCCUUCAGAACCGUAUGGCUGGUGCUGGUGGGGCUGGUGGCGGCGCGCGUGUUCCCCGCGACGUGGCGCUGCGAGCGCGGCGGGCGGCUGGCGCGCGCCUACCUGGCGGGCGUGGCGGCACUGCUGGCGCUGCUGCUGCCUCUGCUGGCCGCCAUCGUCAACCGCAGCGCGCAGGGCGCCGUCAUGGACACCGAGGCGCGCCGGCUCGUGCCCGCGCUGCUCGCCGCCAAAGUGCUGCUAAUCAUUCCUGAAGUUGGAUGGAACAUAAUGGGGACUAUAUGGGCCUUCAGUGAUUUAGUUGAAUGUGAGAGUGAUGAAAACUUUACUCGCACUGUCAUUGAAGCUCUUGUACUGUUUAACUGGGUGUUAUUUGCACUAAGUAUAUUUGGACUUGCUCUCGUAUUUGAUCCACUGGGCUCAACACGUUUGCAAGAUGAUGGUGUGUUGCACCAUAGAAAGGUGACAAAUCUCUGGGUACGACGUUUCCAAUGGGUAUUCUGCUGGGUUCGCAAGGACCGAAACUGUCAUGAGGCAUUCCAGCACAUUGCCAGUUUAUUUAGUGCAUUGCUGCGCAACACAGAUUUGGUACCAUCAGACUUCAUGGCUGCCCUUGUGUUACUUCGAGUGAUGCAGAAAAGAGAGACUCGUGAAUUACGAAGAGCUCAACUGUUGUCUGAGCAGCAGGUGAAAUACAUCAUGGAUGCUAAGGACAUAAUGGCAGACUGUCCAAGCUGGAUGUCACUGGAAAGUGCACACCACUUCCUGCAGUUGGCCAUAGCCUCAUAUGGGUGGCCAUUUGUGAUGUACCGCUAUCCAGUAACAGGAAUUUGUCGUCUUACCCCAAAGAUGACUUGCUGUGCUUGCUUUAGGCAGAAGGCUGUUACCAUACGGGAAGACAAUUGUUGCUUGUGCCAUUUUGCUGGUGUAAGGUACAUGUCUGAACUAGACACUGAAGAUAUAUUGUUUGCAUCAUUUGAAAAUGAGUUAUUCCAGUUGCCAUUCUUUGUUACUUCUGAUCAUAAAACCUGCAGUAUUGUUAUUGUGAUAAGAGGAUCUAUAUCAAUGAGAGAUGUGUUCACUGACCUUACAGCUGGAGCUGACUAUCUUGAAAUACCAGAACUGCCUGAAAAUAGUAUGGGCCAUCGAGGAAUGAUACUAGGUGCAAAAAAUUUGAAGAAAGUGUUGCAAGAUACUGGUGUAAUAGACAAAGCCAUUGAGUUGUACCCACACUACAGUCUCACCUUAACAGGGCAUAGUUUGGGUGCUGGAGUAGCUGUUCUCCUAGGUCUGAUGUUGCGUUCAAAAUAUCCUAACCUCAAGGUUUACGCCAUUUCCCCUCCAGCUGGUGUUUUGAGUAGGGAAGCAGCAAAAGUGACAGAAGAAUUUACAUUUUCAAUUGGUGUGGGAGAUGAUUUUGUUAUGAGACUGGGCGUGGACAGCAUGGAAAACAUUCGAACAAAUGCUCUCCGUGUGUUAAAAUUUUGUAAACUGCCCAAGUAUCGUAUUCUUCUGAAUGGCUUUGGAUAUGCACUUUUUGGCAUACCUGCCCGUGAUCUGGAAACUACAUGGAAGAGUGAUGCACCUGCUCCCAACACAACAGGGCAUUUACCUCUGCUACUUAAUACGUCAGAGACAUUGCCGCCCAGUGAAUCUGCCGUUUUUGAGAGGGAUUUUACUGUUAGACGAUUCUCCCGCACACAGCUGUACAUGCCAGGACGAAUUCUCCAUAUUACUCACAGAAAGAAAACAAAAACUGAAAGGAAAAAUGGGACAGGUGGUCCUGACUAUGAGAUGCGCUGGGCCAUAGCUGAGGAAUUCACAGAAUUCCGGAUUAUGCCACGGAUGCUCCUGGAUCAUCUUCCUGAAAAUGUGUAUGACAUUCUUGGCAGAAUUAUUCGUGAUCAACAGAAUGUCAGGCCACAGAAACCAUAUGUUUCUAUUCUUUAAUGAAAUUGUGCAUUUGAUACAGAGAAGAAUCAGUCCUAUGUGUCAUUCAUUGUGCUCCUGUGAUAUCAAGUGUUAGUAGACCUCAGAAAAUUAACAUAUUAGCAAAGACCCAUUGAGUCUCUACACUGCUCUGUGGUGAAGAAGUGACAACUAGCAUCAUACUGUAUUACCAUUUUCAUCCAGAUGCUUAGCUGUGUUUUGUGAGAAACUUUUCAACCACCCAUCAUCAUAUCAAUGUUGAAGAAUACUGUGACAAAGGCAUAUGCCACCAUUCAUUUGUUUAGCUUUAGUUGUAAAAAUUCUCAAGUAUUUAACAAUGUGACAAAGUAUUUCACUUAUUGAAGGACAUCAUCUAAGCAUCAUGAGCUGCACUUGAAAUGUUUAUUUGCCAAACUGGUAUUCAGGUACGUAACCCAUUCUCAGUGGCAUCUGCUACAGAAGAACAAAUUACUGUAUGUACAUCAAUUUCUACAACAUGACAGAUGUAAAUAUAAUAGCAGAAAUGUAUGACUAGUUACAUCAUGUAUCUCUAUAGGAAUGACAUGCAUCUCAGUUAAUGUAUUAGGCUAUGAAAUCCAUCCUAUCACAUACUACAUAGGUUGUCAUGUAUGUUACUGCUGUCAGAUCUUUGGCAGUGGCAAUCCUUAGUCACAUCUGUCAUAACUGUCAUAGAGGGUAACACAUGGAACUGACAGGUCAAAAAGUCUAUGUUACCCAUCUUUUUUAUUUUUAAGAUCAUAUUUAUAUACAUAUGUGACAUGCAUUCAUAUAUGUAAAAUACAAUCUCUAGACAGUUGGAUUAUGAAAGUAGAAAAUACAAAAAGUAUAAAAUUGCAAAAUAAUCCAACAUAUCACGCUGUAUGACACUGAUGUCAGACUUGAUCCAGAACAGUCACUGCCUAAGAUUUGACAGCAGUAACAUACUUGACAACCUGUGUGCUGUGUGAUACAAUGGAUUUUAUAUCCUAUUAUAUCAACUGACAUGUAUGACAUUCAUAUAGAGAUACAUACUGUAAGUAGACUUAUAUUUCUGCUGUUAUAUAUACCUUUGUCAUGUUGUAGAUACUGAUAUACAUACGGUUGUUUGUUUCUCUGGAUAAGAUGCCACUGAUGAUGUGUUAUAUACCUGAAACACCUUUGGCAAAUAAACAUUUCAAGUGCAGCUAAUCAUGUUUAGAUGAUGUCCUUCAAUAAAUAUCUUGAAACUGUGGAGCACCAAGUGAUCAAGAUUUUUAAAGUAUUUCACUUUAUUUUAUAAUUCCAUUUCAUUUUGCUGUGUAUGAUUGUUCCCAGAAUGAGACUGAUUACCAUAACAGUGUAAAACUGUUUUAAAACAGAGAUUUCAAGUGUUUUCUUGUGUAAAAUCUCUACAAACUAAGAGACUGUAACUGACUCCUUGUCCUUCAUAAAUACAAGUGCAUAAACUUUAUAUAUAUUUUUUUGUGAAUACCUAUAGCUUAUAAAAAUGUUCAUAUCAGUUAUUCACCAUAUUCUAUUUUAUUUUCAACUCUUGUAUAAUCUCUCAGAUAAGCUUAUCAGUAAGACAGAUUGCUGUACUUAUAAAAAAAUGAACUGUUAUAUGUGUGUUAUGUUUAUUUUUUACACUACUAGAAAUUGUAUGAGAUCUACAGACUGGAAGAAAAUCACUGUGAUUGUCUUGUAUAAGCCAAAAUCCAGAAAGCUUUAUGAAUGUUCAAGGAAAAUGUCUCUUUGUCAUGAAUGAGUAACAGGGAAUGAGUGGAGUGUGAGAGUUCAUAGAGUAUUCUACCUAAAUUCAUCCUACUUUCUUGCUGAAACAAAAACUAGAGAAGCACAGGCAAUACCACUGGUUAAAUGCCAGUUACUGUGGACAUGUAGUUUAAAGAAAAGAAACCCUUACAACAAAAAUUGCAAUAAUAAACCAGUUGAACAGGUAAA